AAAUCAUCUGUACAGACAAUUGGUGAAGAACAAAUACAGAAUCCUUACACGGAGCUCCUUGUGUUGAAAGGUCAUCAAGAUAUAGUACGAUUUCUAGUGCAAAUAGAUGAUUGCAGGUUUGCAUCUGCAGGAGAUGAUGGAAUCAUAUUUCUGUGGAAUGCUCAGACUGGAGAAAAACUUUUUGAACUUCACGGACACACACACAAAAUUACAGCUAUAGCACCAUUUUCUUCAACUGAUGUUUCUGAAGAAAAAACCCAUUUGAUUUUAACAGCAUCAGCUGAUAGAACAGUUAUUGUUUGGGACUGCACUAGCGGCAGACAGCUUCAGAAAGUGUCAUGUUUCCAUUCUACUGUAAAGUGUUUGACAGUUCUUCAAAGACUGGAUGUAUGGUUGUCUGGAGGGAGUGAUCUAUGUGUUUGGAACCGAAAAUUAGAUCUCUUGUGUAAGACCAGUCAUCUUACUGAUGCAGGUAUCAGUGCUUUGCUUGAAUUGCCUAAAAAUUGUGUUGCGGCAGCUGUUGGCAAAGAGCUAAUAAUUUUUAGGUUGAUUGCUUCUAAUGAUGAGUCUGAAGGUUGGAAUGUCCUUGAAGUAAAACGCCUUGUUGACCAUCAGGAUAACAUUUUGUCAUUAGUCAGUGUCAAUGACUUGACUUUUGUGACAGGUUCUCACGUGGGUGAGUUAAUAGUUUGGGAUGCACUUGACUGGACAAAGCAGGCAUCUGAGUGCAACUUCUGGGACUCCUCUGUCCAUCCAGAUGUACAGCCAGAAAUAAAGUUAUCCCAAAGCCCAAAUGAAACUUCAGUUCAACACUUAACAUCUGAUGAGGAGUGUGUGUUUGCUGCUGUUGGGAAAGGCAUAUACGUAUAUAAUCUUCAAAUGAAGCGUGUGAUUGCCUGCCAGAGGGCUGCUCACGACUCCUCGGUACUGCACAUUGAGAAGCUUCCAAACAGGCAGCUGAUCUCCUGUUCAGAAGAUGGCAGUGUGCGCAUUUGGGAACUCCGAGAAAAGCAGCAGCUGCCAGCUGAACCAGUUCCAACAGGGUUUUUCAGCAUGUGGGGAUUUGGAAGGGCAAACAAGCAGGCAAACCAAACUGCUAAGAAGAUGCAGGAGAAUACACCUGUGUAUUUCUUGGAACUGGUUGGUGAUUUGAUUGGUCAUUCAUCAGCUGUGCAGAUGUUCCUGUACUUCGGUGAACUGGGACUGGCUACGUGCUCUGCUGACCACCUCAUUAUUUUGUGGAAGGAUGGUGAACGAGAAUCUAGACUCCGCAGUUUAACACUGUUUCAAAAACUGGCACAAAAUGGUGAUUUGCAGCUCAAAUUUUAA